AUGGUGCGCGUGCCCGGAUCUUCGGAAGACGCGGGAUUUCACCGCGAUUCCCAAGACGAUACAGAUGUUCAUGUCAAGAAGGAGCACAAGACCGAAGAAGGACCAUCAGCCGACGGUGAAAACCGAGAGGUUAAGGUCCCCGAACAAACAAAAAACAAGAUCGCGCAAUCCAAGCAGACGAAGUUCCGGAUGAAGGCACCCGGAAACACCAAGUCGAUAGUCCCCGAGAAGUCAGGACUGGCAUCAUGGACAGACGCUGAUGCCACGAGGGCCUACCACCAACGCAAGCUGAACGCGUUCCUGGAGAGCGACCCCGUCGCGAAGACCCUGGAGAUCCGGCAGCUGGGUCAACUCACUGGGCCGGUGUCGACCCUGCACGGCUGCACUCCGUCACGGACGCGAUCACAGCGCUGGUCACCUUGCUUCGUGAAGCGAACAUGGUCGCAGGUCGAGCAUAUGCACAAGCGUCUGUCGAUCCUGGUGGGUACCACACCAGCAACGGAACACCCACCUCUGGUGACACCUACACACAUGCAGUCCAAGGACAGCCAGAUGACGCUUCAAGACAUCACGGUGGGUCCCCACAUGUACGGAGCCUCCGGCCACCCAGAGGCUAAUCAAGGCCCAUCUCAACACCUGAUGCCAAGCGGCCAGAGGGAAGCAGCACCGUGGUCUCCAGGGUCGUCCUCAACUGGGUCGGUCACUAGGAUGCCCCUAGGCCCUACUGAAGCGGCGCUGCUCCAGGCCCGAGCGCGCAGCGCGGAGCAGGAGCCAAGUGGUCUUGAAACGGCGACGCGUGGCAAGAAUGAAAAUCAUUCCGAUUUUCAACCAAUGGAAAAUCAUCACGAGAAAAAAUUGGAAUUUGCUCUGCCCCAAUUGGUACCGUCAACUGGGUCGCUCAGUCCAAGGAAACUGGAAGGACCUAAUGCCAGAGUUCAUGAUUCGGUUCUGUGGCACCGGGGUACCGGUCGCCCGCCAGUACUACCAUGCGAAGAAAAGGUCGGAAGAGACCCCGCUGGAUUAUCUGUACCGCCGAAUGUGCUUGGACUCAGGGCGAAGAUGAAGAUUAAGGAUGGGUCGCCCAAGGUUCAGAAGGAUCAUGUCGAUCACUACAUUUUGACGGUGGACGACCCGGAGCUAGCAGACAAGUUGACUAUGUUGCGUCUGGCGGACGUGGAAGAAUUGGAGGAAGUAUUGACAGCAUGUCAGCGGACGAAAGCAAGACGAGGCAAGAUGCUGUUUGGAUCAAACAAGUUUCGUCAGAAGGCACCAACACUACCCGAGAGGCCGAGAGAUAUGAAUCGCCGCUCCAUCAUGCAGUACGGACGCCUCUGGAAGACUCGAGCUCUGAAGAUUGCAGCCCAGACUCUUCGGAGAACGAAGGAGAACUAA